GAUCAGGGGUGGAGUGUUACAAGAGGCCAAUUGAAAUUAUUCAGUGUAUGUCAUUGAGCAUUGACGAUAAAACAUUGUUUUAUUGUUUUACUUUUUAGAUCCUUUUUUUUCUCUGCUCGGGAAAUAGUGCUGAUGGAGGAGCGAUUCUGUAAUUUCAAGGUGUUAUGGCGCAUGUUUAUUGUGGUGAUGGCAGUGGGACUCGUCUUUCUGAUCCUUAUCUGCUACGGGAGCUUCGAUUUGUCUAUGAAUUUCAUGAAGUCGGAGAGGAAGCAGCAGCAGCAGCAGCACAUGAUCACCCCUGCCCUGGAGAAGCACUCGCUCAGCAGCAACCUAUCAGAUGUUCCAUUCGCUACAGAAGUGAUCACUGAGAUCGUCACAAAUCAAAGUCUGGAGAUCUGUCCUGAGAAUCCUCCUCAAUUAAAGGGUCCUUUACAUGUCGAAUUCUCCAGUGUGGUGAAGUUGGACAAAUUGAUCGAGGAAGGCAGUGUAUCUCCAGGAGGACGUUUCAGGCCGAAGGAGUGUGUGUCUCAGCAGAAGGUUGCCAUCAUCAUCCCCUUCAGAGACAGAGAGCUGCAUCUCAAAUACUGGCUCUAUUAUAUGCACCCCAUCCUACAGAGACAACAGCUUGACUACGGAGUCUACGUCAUCGAGCAGACCGGUGCUGACCUAUUUAAUCGAGCGAAGCUGUUCAACGUGGGCUACGCCGAGGCUCUGAAGGAGGACAACUACGACUGUUUUGUCUUUAGUGACAUCGAUAUCAUCCCUAUAGACGACCGAAACCUCUACAAGUGUUACGAUCAGCCGAGACACCUCUCCGUGGCGAUUGACAAAUUCAACUUCCAGCUGCCAUAUCCACAGAUUUUUGGUGGCAUUUCUGCACUGAGUAAGGAACAGUUACUGAAGAUCAAUGGCUUCUCAAAUAACUACUGGGGAUGGGGUGAGGACGACAUCUACAAACGAUUAUCGUUUCGGGGAAUGUCUAUCUCCCGACCUGAUCUCAUGAUCGGCAGGUGUAAGAUGAUUCAACAUGAGAGAGACAAACUAAACCCACCCAAUCCUCAGAGGAUGACACAGCUUUCCCACACGAUAGAGAUGAUGGAUAAGGAUGGAAUCAACUCGCUCAGCUACAGUGUGGUGAGCUCGGAGAAGAGCAGUCUGUACACCAGGAUCUCAGUGAACAUUGGAAGUCCUCCAGCUCUCCAAACCUCCAGCACAUCCUGUAGUUCGCGGAGCAUUGAGAACCGUGGCAGAAGUUUGGAGGCAGAAGCUCAGAGAAGGCACUGUUAUCCCCCGGCUUAAUCCAGGUCUCAGUGAGUAAAAGAAAGUCAAGUUCACGAGAGAUGAAAUCCUUUAAUAUUAAGGGUUUAUUUCCAGUUGAUCUGCCAUUAAUAAGAGUGUAGUGUUGGUAACUGAGUUUCAGGGUACGGCUCGCUCCGAGACGCAGGAGGUGACGAGCACGUCCGUGAACAGUGGCGGCGGCGGCCCUGGACGCGUCAUCUCCAAAAUCAUCCACCACAGGACCGUGCGCCGAGUCCUCUUUACUCAGUUAGCGAACAAUUACAGAAUCCUCAGCAAAAUGUACAACAUGCUAUAAAAAAAGGUAUGAAUAAAAAUGAAUAAUAAAGGAGAAAAUAGAGCCUCAAGGAAACCAAGUAAAUGACAUCAACCAUUCAGAAAACUUAAAAUCUGUGUUGUUUUGCACAAGAAAAUCUAAACUCCAAGCUGUGAAACUGAAAUCUAACCAAAAUUCUUCAUGAGUUUCUCAACUAAAAUGUGUGGCUUAAAGGCAUUGAAAGAAGAUAAACAAUCAAUAAAAACAGUCAUUUAGUCAAAUUCUGCCGAUCGGAGUUCUGAAGUACUAAUUCUUCAAAACUUUGCAUAAUUUCUCUCUUUUCUAAAAUGUACUAAUUUUUCAUUCAAACAUUUUUAGAACUAAAGAUGUAAACACCACAGGUUUUAAAUCAUCCAGUGUCUGUACAUUAGGCUUUUUUUUGCCACUGAAAUCACUGUAGAUCGCUUCCACCUUUUGUUGUUGAAGGGUUAGGGUUAGGGUUAGGGAAAAGUUUCAUAAAAUAUUGGUCCUAACUGCACAUUCCUUAAGUAACUCCCCCUCAUAAUUAUUAGCUUUAUUUCCCAUUCAUUUAUCAACAUCAUAAUUAUCUAAUCCUAAACUGAAGUUAUAAAAAAUUCUGAUAUCAGAACUGAAAAACUGAAAUCUAAACUGAAUCCAUUCAAACUUGGAUGUUACACACAUUAAGCUUCUCCGCCUUCUGCUUGAGGCCCCACAGGUGCUCAAUGAACCGCAGCUCCCCAGUACCAGCAGCCCUCAUGCAGCCUCAGACCAUGAUGGACAUGGACAUGGUUCCAGUAAUUCAUGUUCUUUAACAAACUGUUCUUUAACAAACUGUUUGAAGGGUUUUCUUGUGAGCAGCUUCAGAAGAGGCUCCUUCUGAGACAACAGUCUGAAACCAACUUGUUGCAGUGUGUGGCGUACGGUUGCAGGGUUAUGUAAUACAGCUGUUAUCACUGAGGGUGUAGUCACUUUUGUUGGCAGCUACUUAAACAAUAAUGGCUGCAUGUUAAGUUAUUGUCAGGAACACGGUGCAAUAAAAAAUUAUUCUGUUUGGGAUUUAACUGAGAGGACCUAAAAUCAAGCUAAUACUAGAACUAGAUCAACCUAGACAUCUAGACACUAUUUACACCCUUUUUCUAGUGCACCAGCAAAAAUCCCUGCCAAAGUAGAAGGGGCCAUCAGAACUAAGUCAAGAAGCUUUUAUUGUCAUUUCAACCAUAUAUAGCUGACGCAGAACACAGUGAAAUGAAACAACGUUCCUCCUGAACCCAGGU